GAUUCCGCCCACGGGAGCGGUGACGUGUUUCAGUAUCGCCCGGGGAAGAAAACGGAGGCCGGGCGUGAGUGUCGCCCGUGCUUUGCGUCAUGAACGGCGUCUGGGAUUUGCAUUAAGCUGAGAGUUCCAAAUGUAAUUGGGUAAUUACUGCUGAAAGUAGCAAGAUGGCAGCAAACCCUCCAAGUCAAGGUUUUCAGAAUAAAAAUAGGGUUGCAAUCUUGGCAGAACUAGACAAGGAGAAGAGAAAAUUACUUAUGCAAAACCAGUCUUCCACUAAUCACCCUGGAGCCAGAGUUCUGCAGCCAUUCUGCCAAACAUCUGAUCUUCCCAUCAUGAAGAAUAUGGACCCAUGCAUUGCACUUGCAAGAUCUUCCCUUAAUAAGGAUUUCCGGGAUCAUGCUGAGCAGCAGCACAUAGCAGCACAACAAAAAGCAGCAUUACAGCAUGCACAUGCACAUUCUUCAGGAUAUUUCAUAACCCAAGACUCUGCAUUUGGAAAUCUUAUUCUUCCUGUCUUACCUCGACUAGAGUCGGAAUGAGGGCUGUUAUUUCUCAGAAUGAAGGAGAUGGAUAUGUUGUCCAUUGUCAAAGCUGCCAUCUUUCAGAACUACUUCAUAUGAUUUGGAAAACAGAUUGUGAGCUGUUUAAAAAACAACUUUUUUUUAUGUAUUUGACCUUUUUAUUUAAAAAAGCCUGUUUCAUUCUGGAUUCAUAUGCUUCUCUUCCAUGGUUGAGUUGGCUUCACCUGAGAAGAGGUGCUGUAGAUUAUUAUGGAACUGUCAGCAUUCUUCUUUAAUUUCUUUUGUCAGCUCAGAGCAAGACUGUUCCCCUGACAUAUCACUCCUACAGUUUAUUUUUUUGUUUUCCUCUCUUCUUUCAUUCAGUUGGAAGGAAGGACGCCCCACCCAGAAUUUGAGACACUUGUUCUAAUCUGCAUUUCUAAAGUAUCUGUCAUAGUAUCUAUGUACUGUACUUGACCUUAGUGAAAGCAGACAAAGUUAUCAUUGUCUGUCCUAAGACAGACAUGAAUUCAGUAGAUAGAUCAGUCAUUUUCAUUCACUCUGCAGGAACAUUGUUAGUGCACCCUAAUGUUUUUUACGUUUAGUUUUUGUAACAGUAUCCUGGUUUCCCAGGUAGUUAGAUACUAUGUGCCAUUGUCAGUUUUAGAGUAUAUAAAACCUAAUUAUUAACGUUAUGAACAAACAAUCUUGUUUAUGUCCAAUUAUCCUCAUCUUUUCUAGUGACAUGGGGUAAAAAUUCCCAAAGCAUUUAAGUCCCAUGCCAUAAGUUACUUAGGCACUUUUGAAAAUGUUACCCAUAAAAGUUCAAGAUCUGCCCUCGAAUUCAAAAUGUUACACUUUUAGAGUUUUUGUUCUUUCAGUGCCUUUGAAAGUGUGUGUUUGUGCUGCCCAAGUCAGAGUUUAGAUUCUGUCUCUGUAAAUCCUUUUCCAGGCUCAUUUCAGUUCUGGCAUCCCUUUUCAGCACUAGGCUGAAGCUUGGCUUACAGCGUCUAUUGGUUGGAUAAAUUAUUUUGGAAGCAAAAUAAUACUGGAAUAAAGACACUUAUUUUGGAAUAGAGUUUGCACAAUACUGGUGUAGCUUUAUCGGUAUAGUUAUACUGCCAUCGUUCUGCUGGUCAGUUUUCCCAUGUAGACUAACCCUGGGAUCUUAGUGCCAAGGAGCUUUAAAAAAAGAAAAGUGAAGAUCUGGGCUUGGAAUCUGCUGGUACUUUCCCAUACAUUAUACUGGUGCCUAUCUUAUUCUCCGAAAUCUCAGCUUACUUUUUUUUUUUUUUUAAAUGAAAGUCACUAGCUAUUGUGGUUGUAAAGAAAACUUCAAAAAUGUGAACUGAGUAUAAGUGAUGCAGAGGUGAGUGUGCAGGGCGCUGGGACCAAUAGCUUAGAACUGCUCUAUUCAUCACAGGGAGGGGUUAACUCAGGUGCCCCAGUGAUGAUGAUUUAAAUCUCAAAGUUUCAGUUUUCAUGAAUUAAAAGGAAGAGGGAGAGUCACUGAUCUGCACAGUUUGCAGCAAGUGCACCUCGAAUUGGUGCCACAAGAAUGUGGUGUCUAAAAUACCAUUUUUCAUUUAUCUCCAUGAAGACGGAGCCUACCCAAGGAACAUAGCACAAAACAGUGAGCAUAUUGAAGUCCCAGCAAAGUGAAGCCAUGCUCCAGGAGCCCAGUGGAACUCACCUGUGCAGUCAUAUUUUGACUAGCUGCACAAUCUACUAUGAGCAGAAUCUCACUUUGAUGACUGAAAUGUGUGGGGUUUAUUUUGCAGGUAAGAUUUGGAAGAAUAACCCCCUUCCCAUCCCAUUCCUGGUGAUGGCUAUUAUGUAACUCUGUAUUUUUAAAACUUGCUUUGCUUUACUUUACAAAUGGAAACUUCCAGCUCCUGUUCUACAACAUGAGCCAAAUGGCUGUGAGUGUUUUGAAAAAGUUGACAUGCAUAAAUCUCAGUGUGGAGAACAUCAAAUGUUUCACCACAAAUGGUCAAAAUGUGGAAUCUUACUUAAAUGGCAGCUACCAGACCCAAAUAUCCAGGAUUCAGAAAUGUAAAACAAGGAAAUGGAUUUUAGCUUUAUAGUUAGGAGUGGAGCCACCAGCUUCUCAGUAGAAAAGAAUUGAAAGAGAACUUUUCAGUGGUCUCAUACAGGCUACAGAUUAUAAAUGGUACAAGCACCAAAACAAGCAAGACCCUCACCUUGUCUAAAUCAGCAUAGGUCCAGUGGAGAAGAUGGACCUACGCCUGUUUACACUAGCUGCGGCUCAGGCCCAACAUAGGGUGGGAUAACUCAUUCAGCUAGUUACAGAAGAAUUUGCAAUAGGAGAAAGAAUUUUAAAAAUACUUCCAAUGUGGAGAAGCUGGAAGGGUAUUUUUAAGCUAUAAUGCUUAUAACUCUUCUGUGUAAUUGCAAGGGACUUGGUAAUACAUCUAGGUAUAAUUAACUGUCAAUGAUACAAAUAGUGUAUGUAGAAGCUUCUGUCUGUGAAACCAGAGUCUAGCAAUUAGUGUCAUAUGCCUCAAUUUGUCUUACCACGCUUACCUUUUCUUUUCCACUAUUAAUCACCAUUAAACUAAUUCAUACAUCACCUAUACAGUCAUCUAAGCAGCAGUCUCUCAUACUGAAAUUGUAUGUUCAAAUGAUUAACAAUUGUAAUCACCCCAACCAACACCACUUGGUUGGUGCCUCUCUACAUGAGGAAAAUCUAGUGGUCAGACUUCUGCUGAUAUCCAUUACUAUGCUCAUGCAUCCAAGCCAUGUUUUUCCAUCUAUUAUGUAUCUCUGUAUUUAAACAUACAUGGAAGAGUGAUAUUUACACAAGAACCCUGUUAAUCAAAUCGCUAUAUUACCUGUUGCCCACCUGUAUGCCCAGGACAGAUUCUGACUUCACAUGGGUAUACAUGGACAGUAAGUCAGUAGCGUUACUUCAGAUAUACUCUAGAUCAGACUCUAGGCCACAGUGUCUAUGAAAAUGGGGGGGAAAGGGAGCAGUCCCAAUGUCUGGUCAGGUGAUCCAUCAUUUAAAAAAACAAAAACAAAUUAUGUCUGAGUGACUUCUACACAAAAUUCCCCUACUGUUAACAAAAGUUGGACAUUCACAAGAGCCAUUUAUAUAGUGGCAGAAUUGCUACUCACACAGAAUGUUCAAGGGGAGGUUUAUGCUCAGGCAGAUUUAGCUCUCACAGUCCUGUCCCAGGGGGCCCUCAGCAGAGAGGCUCCCCAAUGGGGGAGGCAUUCAGUACAAAGUUCUUUGGGUGAAAACCCCCUGCUGGAGUGAAGAGCAAACAGAUACUCCCAGGGCUAGUAGCACCAGCAGAUAAGGGAAGGGGGUGAGGGAGAGACAGGUACAGAUUAUCUUUGUAAUGGAAUGAUUUUUACCAAGUGCUAAGCGUAUGUCUGAGGUGUUCAGCUGAAGUUGAUACCGAGUGGAUUUGAAGGCUGUUCUCAGUAACCAUUGCAACCUUAAGGAUCUCAGCUCAAGAAAAAUCUCAGAAUUGUUAAGUGAUCAUAUGCUGAAGACUAAGGAUUUCUGUUAAAGGGGAUUAUGAAGAACUCAGUGAUAAAGCUUCUGUUUGCUUCUAGUUAGUUCUGAGAGUCUGGGUUUUCAGCAGUGUGAAAAAAUUAGACAAAUUGUUUGAACUUUGAAAAUGACUUAUAGCUGGUGCUAUCGGAGAUUCAAUUAAACGUUGCAUGAUGAUGGAGUUCGAAACGCCCAUCCUCACUAAAAUUGCGUGCUGUUUCUGAACACCAAAAAAAAUCCAUAUUUUCAAUUUUAUUUUUUAAAACUCAUAUUAGAUUGGAUUAUAUAAUUAAACUAUUUAGUUGAAUAAAGUCACAAAACCAUC